AUGACGGACGAAACCAAAUGUGACCACAAGAUGCUUCAAGACGGGAGCGAAUCGGAGAGCUCUGGCUGUGACGACGAGGGCGAUCUCAGUGAUGAUGACAAUGACUCGAAGCCUGAAACCAGCGGUACGGGCGUACUUGAGGUUUUCUUAAGCUCGGUGUGUUAA